ACCCCUGGGAGGUGGUGGUUGCAGGGCUGUGUUCCCGGGAGGGUGGGGGGCUGGGGAGGGGCUCAGGCACUGCAGGAGUUAAAGGCUCUGGUGUUUCCGGAUGUGCUCAUUGCCGAUCGGUGCCCCCGAGCUCAGUCCGCGUCCUCCCGCCGGUGAUCUGACAUCCAGCAGCCGCCUCUGCAUGGACCGGGAGCCGCUGAGCCGCUGAGUCCCGCCGCCUCUCCCCGCACCGGCCCCGCGCUGCCUCCUGCCAUUGUCUCCCAGCCACAGGACCUGCCCCCGGGAUGGCACAAAGGUACGAUGAAAUGGUUCACUAUCCGGGACUGGAUGGGAUGCCGCUGGGCGGAUUCAGCGAUGCCCACCCGGGCCGGGCCCUGCAGCACCUUGGCCAGGGCGCCCCCUAUGGGUCCGCGGGGGCCGGCCACAGAGUACCUAUGCCCCCCGGCCUCGGAGGAAACGACGGCCUGAAGAGGGAGAAAGACGAGAUCUACGGGCACCCGCUCUUCCCCCUGCUGGCUCUGGUGUUUGAGAAGUGCGAGUUGGCCACGUGCUCCCCGCGGGAUAAUUCGGGGUCUUUCCCGGGGGGCGACGUCUGUUCCUCCGACUCCUUCAACGAGGACAUCGCCGUCUUCGCCAAGCAGGUCAGGACGGAGAAACCUCUCUUCUCUUCCAAUCCAGAACUGGAUAAUUUGAUGAUCCAAGCCAUCCAGGUCCUGAGGUUCCACCUGCUGGAGCUGGAGAAGGUCCACGACUUGUGCGAUAACUUCUGCCACCGGUACAUCACCUGCCUGAAGGGGAAGAUGCCCAUCGACCUGGUGAUCGACGACCGGGACGGCUCCUCCAAGUCCGACCUGGAAGACUUCACGGGGUCCUGCACGAGUCUAUCCGACCAGAAUAACUCCUGGAUCAGGGAUCACGAUGAGACAGGCUCCACCCACUCAGGGACCCCCGGGCCGUCCAGCGGCGGGCUGGCAUCGCAGAGCGGGGACAAUUCCAGCGAACAAGGUGACUGUCUGGAUAACAGCGUGGCGUCUCCCAGCACCGGGGACGACGACGACCUCGACCGAGACAAGAAGAGGAAUAAGAAGAGGGGGAUCUUUCCCAAAGUGGCCACGAACAUCAUGCGCGCCUGGCUCUUCCAGCACCUCUCGCACCCGUACCCGUCAGAGGAACAGAAGAAGCAGCUGGCGCAAGAUACGGGUCUCACGAUAUUACAAGUCAAUAACUGGUUCAUUAACGCGAGACGGAGGAUCGUCCAGCCCAUGAUCGACCAAUCGAAUCGCACAGGUCAGGGAGGAGCCCCCUACAGCCCCGACGGACAGAACAUGGGGGGCUUUGUCAUGGACGGCCAGCAGCACAUGGGAAUCCGUCCUCCAGGCUUCCAAGGAAUCCCGGGGGACUAUGCUGCGGCCCCCAGCUCCAUGGCCAUGGGAUUCCCACCGGCCGGCUACACUCCCCCGAUGCCCCCGCACCCCGCCGGCCUCCGACACGGACCGUCUCUACACUCCUACCUCCCGGGGCACCCCCACCCUGCCUCCAUGAUCCUCCCCGCCGGCGCCUCCCCCCACCACCUGGUGGCGGCGCAGGGUCCGGGGGACGCACUUUUGAACGGUCAGAACAUAGACAUUCACGCUCAUUAACGGCCGGAACGCGGACCUUCUAAAGAGAGUCCGGCCCCCGCGAGACCCCUGUCCAGCCUGGAAAAGAGAGAACCCGCCGCUCGUUUACCCCACGAGACGAGAGGCGGCGCAGGAGCGGAGAUUCCGGCACCGUUUAUUCCUCCCCGGACUGGAACGCUCGGAAGGUGGAAACCCGUUGCUUUUGGGUUCUCUGGCCGUCCUGACCCCC